CGUAGUGUGUUUCGUGGCUUCAUGUCAACUCUGAAAUCUGCACGCACGUCAGUGCGACCGCCAAUUGACCUUUUUUUUUAAUGUACAUUAACUGCACCGGUUUUGUUGCAUUGACUUUUUAAAUUUUAAAUUUUUGUGUGUGUGUGGUUGUGCCUUUGAAGAUCUUCAUAAUGAAUUACUGCAUGUCAGACAUGUAUGACAUAGGCCACGGUGUGAAUGGGGGAUAUGCAGUGCCGCCCGGAGGUGAGUACUGCAUGUAUGGUGGAGAAGGGCCUGGUUUCACUCACUGUGAGCCACAGCCGUUACACCACCAUCCUCCCAGCAUGGAGCAGGCCUGGCCGCCCAGCCAACCCUACGGGUGCCCUUUCAAUGGGGCCAACCCUGUGUUCAAGAGUGAGUUGUGCUCCAUGGAGGUGCCUCUCAGUCACUACCACCAGCCAGACUACUACUCUGAUGGCAGGCCAGACUUGUCUCAGAUGCAGUGGAUGCAGGGGCCUCACAGGAAAGGGUACAUACCAAGUUACCUGGACAAGGAUGAGCUGUGUGUUGUGUGUGGGGACAAAGCAACUGGCUACCAUUACCGAUGCAUCACCUGUGAGGGCUGCAAAGGGUUUUUUCGACGCACAAUUCAGAAGAACUUAAACCCAACAUAUGCUUGCAAGUACGAGGGAAAGUGCGUCAUUGACAAAGUCACCCGCAACCAGUGCCAAGAAUGUCGCUUCAAGAAAUGCAUUGCUGUCGGCAUGGCAACAGACUUGGUGUUGGAUGACAGUAAGCGUCUAGCCAAGCGGAAGCUGAUCGAGGAGAACCGAGAACGGCGGCGGCGCGAGGAGAUGCAGAAGACGGUGUGGGACCGGCCGGAGCCCACGCAGGAGGAGUGGGAGCUGAUCCGGGUUGUCACAGAGGCGCAUAUGGCCACAAACGCUCAAGGCAAUCACUGGAAACAGAAGCGUAAAUUCCUGGUCGAGGAAGCAAUGCUACUUAAUGAAAUAACAUGUAAUUUAUUCUGUACUUCUGACCAGAGUGCAGUGGGGGUGAAGGAAGCAAAGCCGGAGGACAUCGGUUCGGCACCCAUCGUCAACGCACCAGAAGGGAGCAAAGUGGACAUAGAAGCCUUCAGUCAAUUUACAAAAAUUAUCACCCCCGCAAUUACUCGUGUCGUAGAUUUUGCCAAAAAGCUGCCCAUGUUCUGCGAGCUGCCUUGUGAGGACCAGAUCAUUUUGCUGAAGGGUUGCUGUAUGGAGAUCAUGUCUCUGCGAGCGGCGGUGCGCUAUGAUCCAGAGAGUGAGACCCUAACGCUGAAUGGGGAGAUGGCCGUCACACGAGGCCAGCUCAAGAACGGGGGUCUGGGUGUGGUCUCGGAUGCCAUUUUUGAUCUGGGUGUGUCGCUGUCCUCCUUCAACCUCGACGAUUCGGAGGUGGCAUUGCUCCAAGCCGUGAUUCUGCUUUCCUCUGAUCGUCCAGGUUUAACGAGCGUAGAGCGGAUAGAGCGUUGUCAGGAGGAGUUCCUCUUGGCCUUUGAACAUUACAUUAACUACCGUAAGCACAAGGUGGCUCACUUCUGGCCCAAGCUGCUGAUGAAGGUGACGGACCUGCGCAUGAUCGGUGCCUGCCAUGCCAGCCGUUUCCUGCACAUGAAGGUGGAGUGUCCCACGGAGCUCUUCCCACCGCUCUUCCUGGAAGUGUUCGAGGACUGAUGGCCAACCAGUCAGGUCAAGCUGCUCCCACCAACACCAACCUCCACAAAUCCGACCUCCUCUAACUCUGUGUCUCUGUUCCCGGUCACGAUGAGCAUCAUUCUGUUCCUUAGUUUUAGGAGGAGCUCUCGGGCCUCGUUUCAAUGGAACCAUUCCUUUUACAAAGCGGGUACACGUGAAUUGCGUUACAGUUUGUUUUCUUUCACUCUUUGUUUGUAAAAAAAAAAAAAAAGAAAGAAAAAAAAACCUUUGUUACUCGAUCUUGUUUUUUCAAUGAUAAAUUGUUUUAUUUCUGA